CCAUUGAAGACUUGAACAAGUGGGCUCUAUUUCUUGUGUCUCCUUUUAUACUUGAAGCAGAACACAUAGCAUUUGUGACAGAGAGCAUUUGGGUACAAAGUGAGAAUUUACAGAGAUCAUCCUCUUCUUCAGAAACUGUUGUCAAGUGGUCAGACUGUUGUUUGCCAUUAGCUUGCAGACCUGGGGAUCCUUAUCGGCUAAUUGCUGAAGCAAGUGUGGACAACUUCAGCAAGCUGGGGGUGGCGUUCAUGGAAGAUAGACUCCACAUGGAUAAUGGACUGGUACCCCAAAAGAUUAUGUCGGUGCGCUUGCAGGACUCCACUCUGAAGGAAGUUAAGGAUCAAGCCUCAAACAAGCAAGCCCAGAUCCUAGAGCCGAAGCCCGAACCUUCUCUUGAGAUUAAGCCUGAGCAGGACGGUAUGGAGCACGUUGGCAGAGAUGACCCAAAGGCUCUUGGUGAAGAACCCAAACAAAGGAGAGGCAGUGCCUCUGGGAGUGAGCCUGCUGGGGACAGUGACAGGGGAGGGGGCCCCAUUGAGCAUUAUCACCUCCAUCUGUCUAGUUGCCACGAGUGUCUGGAACUUGAGAACAGCACCAUUGAGUCAGUCAAGUUUGCAUCUGCCGAGAACAUUCCAGACCUUCCCUACGAUUAUAGCAGCAGUUUGGAGAGUGUUGCUGAUGAGACCUCCCCUGAAAGAGAAGGGAGAAGAGUCAACCUCACAGGAAAGGCGCCUAACAUCCUCCUCUAUGUGGGCUCCGACUCCCAGGAAGCCCUCGGCCGGUUCCACGAGGUCCGGUCCGUGCUGGCUGACUGUGUGGACAUUGACAGUUACGUUCUCUACCACUUGCUGGAGGACAGUGCUCUCAGAGACCCGUGGACGGACAACUGUCUGCUGUUGGUCAUUGCUACCAGGGAGUCCAUUCCCGAAGACCUGUACCAGAAGUUCAUGGCCUAUCUUUCUCAGGGAGGGAAGGUGUUGGGCCUGUCUUCGUCCUUCACCUUUGGUGGCUUUCAGGUGACAAGCAAGGGUGCACUGUGGAAGACAGUCCAGAACCUGGUUUUCUCCAAGGCUGACCAGAGCGAGGUGAAGCUCAGCGUCUUGAGCAGUGGCUGCAGGUACCAGGAAGGCCCCGUCCGGCUCAGCCCUGGUGGGCUCCAGGGCCACCUGGAGAAUGAUGACAAGGACAGGAUGAUUGUGCAUGUGCCUUUUGGAACUCACGGGGGAGAAGCUGUUCUUUGCCAGGUGCACUUGGAACUACCUCCGAGCUCCGACAUAGUGCAAACUCCAGAAGAUUUUAACUUGCUUAAGUCAAGCAAUUUUAGAAGAUAUGAAGUCCUUAGAGAGAUUCUGACAACCCUUGGCCUCAGCUGUGACAUGAAACAAGUUCCUGCCUUAACUCCUCUUUACUUGCUCUUGGCUGCGGAGGAAAUCCGGGAUCCUCUUAUGCAGUGGCUUGGGAAACACGUGGACGCCGAGGGAGAAAUAAAAUCCAGCCAGCUCUCUCUUAGAUUUGUUUCAUCCUACGUGUCUGAAGUAGAAAUAACCCCAUCUUGUAUACCUGUAGUGACCAACAUGGAGGCCUUCUCAUCAGAAAAUUUCAACUUGGAGAUCUAUCGCCAAAAUCUGCAGACCAAGCAGUUGGGGAAAGUAAUUUUGUUUGCCGAAGUGACCCCCACAACGAUGCGUCUCCUGGAUGGGUUGAUGUUUCAGACACCACAGGAAAUGGGUUUAAUAGCGAUCGCAGCCCGGCAGACCCAGGGCAAAGGACGGGGAGGGAAUGCGUGGCUGAGCCCCGUGGGAUGUGCUCUUUCUACUCUGCUCAUCUCCAUCCCACUGAGAUCCCAGCUGGGACAGAGGAUCCCGUUUGUCCAGCAUCUGAUGUCCGUGGCUGUCGUGGAAGCGGUGAGGUCCAUUCCCAAGUAUCAGGAUAUCAACUUACGAGUGAAGUGGCCCAACGAUAUUUAUUACAGCGACCUCAUGAAGAUCGGCGGAGUUCUGGUUAACUCAACGCUCAUGGGAGAAACAUUUCAUAUACUUAUUGGCUGUGGAUUUAAUGUGACUAACAGUAACCCUACCAUCUGCAUCAACGACCUCGUCACAGAAUACAAUAAGCAACACAAGGCCGAACUGAAGCCCUUAAGAGCCGAUUAUCUCAUCGCCAGAGUCGUGACUGUGCUGGAGAAACUGAUCGAAGAGUUUCAGGACAAAGGGCCCAACAGCGUCCUUCCCCUUUAUUACCGAUACUGGGUCCACAGUGGUCAGCAAGUCCAUCUGGGCAGUGCGGACGGACCAAAGGUGUCCAUCGUUGGCCUGGACGAUUCUGGCUUCCUCCAGGUUCACCAGGAGGGUGGCGAGGUUGUGACUGUACACCCCGAUGGCAACUCCUUCGACAUGCUGAGAAACCUCAUCCUCCCCAAACGGCGGUAA